CCGGCGUUUUUUCUUGGGCUUGGGACAGAUUGUGUCAGGGGAGGUGAUGUCUCUCCAGAAAAGCAUAAAACAGCUUGGGGUAUGAGGGGUGAGCGAGACAGCCGAGCCUGUUGCAUCCCUUGUUGGAGAACAGGAAUACCAUUGACUUCUGAGCCGUCGUUAACUAGCCGUCCCCGGAUCCUCCAGAAAAGUUGCUGAGCGAUUCUGGCAAUGCAGGGCCCGGAAGUGGCGGCCGCUUUUCCACCCAGCACGUUUUCGGGUCGGGGAACAAACACAGGGUUCAGCUGAAAAACGGAGGACUCCGUUUUGGGGUUUCUAAAGCACGGAGGACCGGGGCAGGGCUGAGCCCACUCCUCUCCUGGACGGUGCAAACGGCGUCCACUCACUUGUUCAGCUCCACUGUGUGCCCGGCGCACAGGGUACCUGCCCCUUGCAAGCUGGAUCAAUGUUUACCCUGCACCGUAUUUUUCCACAACUGGUUCCUGUCUUCGGUUGUCGUCCACAGACAUCCUUCUCCAAGGUCACUCUGAUGAGGGCAGAAGUGGGGGACACGGCUCCUUCGUACUGUAAUCAUUGAACUGCCUUAGCUUUACUUGUGGAUUCACAAUGUCUUGAGGAUAGCUUGGCGUGGACUCAUUGGUUACAAAUAUGCUUCGUUUAAGAACUAUUGGUCCAUUCUCUUGGAGACUGUUUCAAUUUCGACCAUUCAAUUGUGAGCCAUUGAUUAACCAGAUGAAUAAGUGUACAGAUGAAGAACAAAUACUUGAUCUUAUUGAAAGAAAUAAAACCACAGUUUCAGAAAAGCACGUGGGAUGUGCAUUCGAUAUACUUUGGCAACUUCAGAAACAGAAGACCAGCUUGUUAAAAAAUGUUCAGUGUGUCAGAGACUUUCCUCAAUUUCUUACUCUUCAUAAUUUAACUAUAAAGAAGAUAAAAUUAAUGAAUGAUGAUACCCUGGUAAAUGUGUUAUACAUCACUCAACAGUUUGCUGUUGAGGCCCAUGACCCACUAGUUGAAGCACUUGUUACAGAAGCCUGGAGAAGGAUGGAAAGGUUUGAUAUUAAUGUGCUGUCAAAAUUUUCCUCUUACCUAGUGGAUCAGCAUUUGUAUCUUAGUCCACUAAUGGGAAAAAUUGCAGAUAUUGUAAAUAGGAACUUGGAAACCAUAGAGGACUUAAGGUCUUUGUCUGUCUUGAUGGUCAGCAUAUCUUCUUUAAUAUCACAACAUUUUCAAGAACAAUUACUGAACAAAACAGAAUUUCUUUUUGAUACCAUAGAUUCUUCUGAGGUCAACAUUGCGAAAAGAAUAGUACAGUUUCUUCGAAAUGUUAAAUAUAGUUAUUACCCACUAUUAGAAAGGUGUAAUGAAGUGUUUUUAAGCAAUAUAAACCAUCUUGAUUUGGAUUCCAUCAGUAAAAUACUUGGUCUAUACCGCUUUCUACAGUUUCAUAGUUUCGAGUUUACUAAAAUGGCUAAAAAGAGACUAAAAGAAAUGAGUCCUCUGUUUGAUCACCCUGCCAGCUUUGUAAAAUUGUUUGUAGCAUUGGGACCCAUGGCGGGACAUGAAGAAAAGAAACAACUUAAAUCAGCUGUAUUAUUGAUGUCAGAGGAACUGACCAGCCAGCAAGCCCUGGCAGUGCUGGGGGUGAUGGAAGAGAUGGAAAGCAGAAAUCCGUAUCUGAUUAAAAAAAUUGCUUCAAUUCUGCAUAAACAUUUGGAUAACUAUAAACCAGGAGAGCUACUGAAGAUAACUCAAGCACUGACUUUUCUGCGUUUUCAAAGUAAAGAGCUUUUUGUGAAACUCAGAGAAUUACUGCUUAGGUGUUUGAAAGUUAGCAUCGUACCUAGUGAGAUUUCCAUCGUGGUCUAUGCUAUCUCCAUGCUUCCCUCUCCUCACCUAGAUGAAUUGGAUAUAUGCCGAAUUGAAGCAGUUUUACCACAGUGUAACCUAACUGUCCUGAAUCGCUUCGCCAUGUCUGUUCUAAGAUGGAUUCAGCAUGAUCACAAAUGUUUGAAUAGUAUUACUGGAAAACAACUGAAACUACUUCAAAAAUUAGACCAUUAUGGUCAUCAGAGACUGCAACAGAGUAACAAUUUAAAUCUGUUAUGGGAGGAACUUAAAUCUUUAAAAGGAGACUGGUUUCCUGAGACACUUCUUGAAGAAACAGCAGUUACAUUACAGCGUUUGAUGGAUGAAAUUAAUUACAUGAAUGUUACAGGAGUUGCAUCUUUUAUUUCUAGAACUAACUACCUCGAUACUUUGCUACUUGAUAGGAUAGCCUCAGUGGUUAUUCAGCAGAUUGAAAAGAUCCAUCCUUUUGCUAUUCUUGGUAUUAUUCUUCCAUUCAGCAUCUUGAACUAUGAUCCACCUCAGAGGGAUGAAUUUUUUGGAACUUGCAUACAACACCUGAAUUCUUACUUCGGCAUAAUGGAUCCUAUCAUGUUAGUGUUUCUUGGUUUCUCUUUGGCUACACUUGAAUAUUUUCCAGAAGAUCUGCUAAAGGCAAUUUUUAACAUCAAAUUCUUAGCCAGACUGGAUUCUCAACUUGAAAUUUUAUCUUCGUCUCUAAGUGCAAGGGUCCAGUUUCGUCUCAUGGAGUUGAAUAGAGCGGUUUGCUUGGAAUGUCCUGAGUUUCAGAUUCCAUGGUUUCAUGACGGCUUCUGUCAACAACAAUAUAAUAAAGAUAUUGGCGGCAUGAAUGGAGCACAACAGCAGAUUCAUAAAAUGUUAACAGAGGUAGUAGGAGGAAUCAAUUGUGUAAGAGCCUCCGUUCUUACACCUUAUUACCACAUAGUAGGUUUUGAGUGUAUCUUGGAUAAAAGGAAAAAACCUCUUCCUUAUGGAAGCCAUAAUAUAACUUUAGGAAAACUACCAGAAAUGCACUGGGAAUCAAAUACCCAAGUAGUUGGAUCAAGGCUGCCACCAGGAGCAGAAAGGAUUGCUUUGGAAUUUUUGGAUUCGAGAGCUUUUUGCAGAAAUAUCCCUCACAUAAAAGGAAAAUCUGCUAUGAAAAAACGACAUUUGGAAAUUUUGGGCUACCGAGUAAUCCAGAUCCCUCAUUUUGAGUGGAACUCUAUGGCACUGUCAACCAAGGCUGCUCGGAUGGACUACCUGCGAGAACGUGUAUUUGGAGAAGAAAGAUCAUGACAGUUGUUUCAUUUAGAAGGUGUCAUCAUUGUGUGUCACACUUGGACUUGUAAUUAAGUGGCCAGACUCAAUUAAAAAAUAGUAGGUACAUACAUCCUGAGGUGGAAACAUGCCUGGUGUGUUUGUGGAUAACAAGGGAUCCCGUGUGGCUGGAGCAGAACAAGUGGGCAGUGGGAUGGGAGUAUAAGAGAGAAAACGUAAGAGUGAGUAGAGCCAAAUGUAUGAGGCGACCUUAUGGCUAUUCUCAGGGAGGUGAGAAGCUAUGGGGGGGCUUCAAGCAAGGCAUGGUAGGACUGACAUUUCAGCUGCUGGCUGCCCCGCUGAGGUGCAGAUACUACAGUGGGGCAAAUGUGCACGAGGGAAACCCAUUACAAAGUUACUGCAGUGAUCCAGGCAAGAAAUGGGUGGUGGCUUGAAGAGACCAGUAGCACUGGAGGCAGUGAGAAGUGGGCAGAGUUUUGGGUGUAUUUUGAAAGUAAAAGCAACAAAAUUUGCUUGCUGUUUGAAUAUGCUGUGUGAAAUAAAUGGGAGUCGAUGAUAAUUAUAAGUUUUUGUCCUGAGCAGCUAAAACUGAUGUCAUUACCAGUAAGUGAAAUGGGGAACUUAUGGGGUAGACGAUGAUGCGGGGGGUGACUAGUUGGGGAGAGCUCACUAAUUUGUUUUAGACAUACUGAGUUUGUGAUAUUUAAAAACUUUCUUUUUUUUUUUUUUUGCUUGCUAGAAGGCAUGUGCACUUGACAGAGA